AUGGUCGUUGAUCAAGAGCCAAGACAAGUCAAUCAUCACACAGACGUCGAACAGCCAGACACCGACCUGGACUAUAACCUGAACAACAUCAACGCCAACUCUAGGACUAGUUCCGCAGACACUACCUCCAUGGCUACCGAACCAGCGCAUGGCAAGCUCGACGCUGAGCUUGCUGAGAUCGAAGGCUCAGACCAAGAUGCCAUGGAAUCGUGGACGCCCGAAGAAGAGAAAAAGCUCGUCCGAAAAAUAGAUCUAUUUCUUCUCCCCACCAUAUGGUUGAUGUAUCUUUUCAGCUAUAUGGACCGGACGAACAUUGGCAACGCACGCCUGGCAGGAAUGGCUGACGACUUGAGUCUGUCCUCGAAUCAAUACAGCAUAUCUUUGGUCGUGUUUUUUGUAACUUACGUCGUGUUCGAGGCUCCUUCGAACAUGAUCUUGGUUAGAUGGAAGCCGUCUCUCUAUUUGCCGACAAUUAUGGCCAUCUGGGGGGCUCUGACUUGCGUCAUGGCUGCGGUCAAUACAUUCGAGCAUCUCGUCGUUCUACGGAUCUUCGUUGGCGUCUUCGAGGCUGGCUUCGCUCCAGGCAUUCUCUUGAUCAUCAGCUCAUGGUACAAGAAAGAAGAACAAUCCAAGCGAUUCGCUGUGUACAUCAGCGCAGCUGUCCUCUCCGGUGCCUUUGGAGGUCUUCUGGCCGGCGCAAUCACUGGCGGCCUCGAAGGCGCGCACGGAAUCCGUGGAUGGAAGUGGCUGUACAUCGUCGAAGGUGUUGCCACGAUCGGCUUCGCAGGGAUCGCCGCCUUCCUCCUCCUGGACUUUCCCGCCAACUCCAGCCGUUUGACCGAUCGAGAACGUUACAUCGCGACCAUGCGCCUCAAGGCCGACAACGUCAAUGUCCGCUCGGACCCUAACGAAGUCAUGGGCAAGCGCAAGUCUAUCGUCAUGGCCUGCAAAGACUGGAGAAUGUGGGCUCUGAUCGUCGGCUACAUGGUCAUCGUUGGGUCUGCCACAUUGUCCUACUUCUACCCUACGCUCGUCAAUGGUCUCGGCUAUACGGACCGAAUCACUGCUCAGUAUAUGACAACACCCAUCUUCGCUGUGGCUUUUGUGACCACACUUGUCACAGGCUGGUUCUCCGACCGGAUCGUCAGCUAUCGUGGCUACGUGAUUGCGGGAUGGCUGACGGUCUCAUGGGUCACUGGGGUUGUGGUCUGUACUGUCUUCAACUUCACGGCUCGGUACGCCAUGUUGGUUAUUAUGGCUGCGGGAAUCUGGGCUGCCAACGCUCUCAGUUUGAGUUAUGCGUCAAGCACCUUUGGCGAUAUGCCUGCUGAAGUUCGCGCUAUUGCCUUGGCCUUGGUCAAUGCAUUUGGCAACUUGGCCCAAAUUUAUGGAGCAUACCUCUUCCCGAUCGAGGAUAAGCCGCAGUACAUUAUGGGAUUCGGCGUUAUCACUGCCUUGUUGGGUCUGGGAGUGGUGCUAUAUGCUGGCUUGAACACCAUACUACGGAGACGAAAGAACUAA